CAUCAUGAAAGGUCCUUCAUCCCUCUAGGUCCUAGCUUCUAGCUUGAGACCAUGUGACCUGUACGUCAUCAGAUCAGGAGCAGCUCUAGUGAACAGACUGAGGGUCCAUGCCGCCCAAAGGGAAAGGAGGGAAAGGGGGAGCAAAAGGUGGUGCUACUGGAGGUGAAGCUGCUGACAAGAAAGCCCAAACCCCAAAAGGUGGAAAUGCUGUUAAGGUGAGACACAUCCUAUGUGAGAAACAUGGGAAAGUUAUGGAAGCCAUGGAAAAACUGAAAUCUGGAGUGCGAUUUAGUGAGGUGGCUACUCAGUACAGUGAGGACAAAGCCAGACAAGGGGGAGAUUUGGGCUGGAUGACAAGAGGCUCGAUGGUCGGACCUUUUCAAGAAGCUGCUUUUGCGCUCCCUGUAAGCACUAUGGACAAACCUGUUUACACCGAUCCUCCUGUAAAGACCAAAUUUGGAUAUCACAUUAUUAUGGUGGAAGGAAGAAAAUAAAAACUAUUAUAAUAAAACAUA